AUGGACAGUGUCGAUCUUACAAAGGCUGUCUUGAACAAGGGUAAACAGAUGGCUUCGGUUGCCGCCUCCGCUGCCAAUGGCAACGGUGGAAAGAAGAGGAGAAAGGGAACAGAUCUUAAGCCGAUCGUCACUAAUGAUGCAAACCCAGCUACGGCUACUGAUGCCGGCGCCGCUCAAUCUAACUCCAAACCUUCCGGCGCUACUGCGUCGCGCUCUCCAUCUACAACAUCCGGUGAUGAAGUUGAAACGACUGCUGAAGAGGAGGACUCCGAGGAUUAUUGCAAGGGUGGCUACCACCCAGUCGAGGAAGGCGAAACUUACAACAAUGGGCGCUAUGUUAUCGUGCAAAAGCUAGGGUGGGGUCAUUUCUCUACCGUCUGGUUGUCGAGGGAUACCACCACCAACAAGCAUGUCGCGCUGAAGGUGGUGCGAUCGGCCGCUCACUAUACCGAAACCGCGAUCGACGAAAUCAAACUGCUGAAUCGCAUCGUUCAGGCUAAGCCCUCCCACCCGGGCCGGAAGCACGUAGUCAGCUUGUUGGACUCAUUCGAACACAAGGGACCUAACGGAGUUCAUGUUUGCAUGGUUUUUGAGGUACUCGGCGAGAACUUGCUUGGGUUGAUCAAGAAAUGGAACCACCGUGGUAUUCCCAUGUCCAUUGUCAAGCAGAUCACCAAGCAGGUGCUGUUAGGCUUGGACUAUCUUCAUCGCGAGUGUGGUAUCAUUCACACUGAUCUCAAGCCCGAGAACGUUUUGAUUGAGAUCGGAGACGUGGAGAAGAUCGUUCAAGCGCAUGUGCAAAAAGAAGAAGCCAAGAAGGAGAACAAAGAGGACAAUCGCAAUGGUCGUCGGCGCCGACGCACCUUGAUCCAAGGCAGUCAACCGUUGCCAAGUCCCUUGAACACGAGCUUUAGCGGAGAUUUUAAGCACACCUCUUCCAUUUCACACAGCAGUCUUAGUCAGAUGGUGAACGAGCCAACACCGGAGCUCGGAUCAUCAAUGAAAGAGGCCUUGGGCAUCAAAGAAGAAGAGGACGAUAAACAGAAACAGCGAGAGAAGACAGCCGAUCUCCUGGAGAGAGAAGUGUCUGGUAUCUCUCUAGAUAAGAACUCCACCAAAUCGCUCGAGGAGGAAAUCGACGCCAGUAUUAUCUCCGUCAAGAUUGCUGAUCUCGGAAACGCUUGCUGGGUGGGCCACCAUUUCACGAACGACAUCCAGACCCGACAAUAUCGCUCUCCAGAGGUGAUUUUAGGUGCUAAGUGGGGUGCCAGCACAGAUGUGUGGAGUAUGGCUUGUAUGAUCUUUGAAUUGAUCACUGGCGAUUACCUCUUCGAUCCCCAAUCUGGAACCAAAUACGGCAAGGAUGACGAUCAUAUCGCGCAGAUCAUCGAAUUGCUCGGUCCAUUCUCUAAGUCAAUGUCUCUCUCUGGCAAGUGGUCUCAAGAGAUCUUCAACCGCAAGGGUGAGCUUCGCAAUAUCCACAGACUCCGCCAUUGGGCCCUCCCCGAGGUGCUCCGCGAGAAAUACCACUAUACUGUGGAAGAGAGCAUGCGCACCAGCGAGUUCUUAUUACCAAUGCUGGACCUUUCGCCCGAGAAGCGUGCAAACGCAGGUGGAAUGGCCGCACACGAGUGGUUGCAAGAUGCAGCCGGUAUGGAGGGAAUUGAUCUUGGGAUUUCUCCCGGAACUCGUGGCGAGGGGAUUGAUGGAUGGGCAAUGGAAGUUAAGCGGCGAUGA